AUGGGGUGGUUUUGGGCUGAUCCGGUUGUUGACCAUGGUAGCAAGGUGCCUAGUGCGUCACAGGCCUCUUCUAGUUCUGCAUGUCCUGUUAUGCACAAUGCCUCUAGUGUAAAACCCGAGACUAGUGCAUGCCCAGUUAUGCAGGAUAGCAGCGCAUCGAGCGGUUCUGAUGGAUUAAACCCACUAAAUAACAUGCCUGUCUUUUUGUCUGCAAACAAGCAACAGGGACAAAAAUUAGAUUUACCCACUGAGAGGACAACUUCAAGUAUUCCCAAAGGUGAUAAUACCCAUGAAAAUUGGGAGUAUCCAUCGCCUCAGCAGAUGUAUAAUGCAAUGUUGAGAAAGGGUAAGAUUGACCCCAAUACUGGUGAAGAAAUUCCUGAAGAUGCCGUAGAAUCCAUGGUGCAAGUACACAACUUUUUAAAUGAGGGUUGUUGGCAGGAGGUUUUAGAAUGGGAAAGACCACAUACCCAACAAACUCAAGUGGAACCUAAGUUGCUGAAAUUUACAGGUAAGCCAGGUCAAUUGACACCCCGCGCACGUUACUAUGGAAUUUUAUCAAAACUAUUCCCCAACCAUUUUGAAGGUGAUCCCCCAUUUGACAGACAUGAUUGGUUAGUACUCAGAGCUGAUCCAAUGAGUGCGGAUCCCGAGAAUCCAGGAUAUCGUAAGAUUCGAUACGUGAUCGACUUUUAUGGCGGUGCCGACGAUGAAGAUGGUAUGCCCACUUUCCAUCUUGAUGUACGUCCUGCGCUCGAUAAUGUUACCAAUGCUAGAGACAGAUUUAGGCACUAUUAUCAGGAGUUGAAGGAGAAGUACAACAAAGACUGA